GCUCACGCUUCUUUCUAUCUGUGGAACGUACCGUCAAUGUCUGUUGUGAAUUUUUGGAAUUUUACUCCAUCCCUCUUCCUUUCUCGCUUCCCAUCCAUGCUAUCGCAAAUCCAGCAGGAUUCCAUGAUUUUUCUAUAUGGGAGAUUAAGGAAUAAAACUGAAGACAGAGGAAUCACUCAUUUUAGUACGAGUAGAAGAAACUCGCACACUGUCCAGACUGUGAGGAGUAAGUACAGGAACAAUGUUGCCCUUGGAACAUGAUUGGCUGUGAGGGGCUAGAGGAGGUGAGAACCUGAGAGGGAACUGCUUCAAUGGCGUGGACUGAGCCACGGUCUCAUCAAGACCCACAGCAGGAUCCAAAACUGAAACUUUCCCAUCUCGGAGCUCACUCAACAACUUCAGCUGUCUUUCUCUUCUUGAUUGCUGCCUUUGCUGGCGUUUGUACAGCCGGCCCACCCCAGCCAGCCUUCCCCCCUCUCCUGUCUGGACAGCCUUUUAUUAUCUUCUGGGGUAUCCCUGAUUCUUCCUGCUCUGGUCGGCCAGAUCCCGGCUCUUUUGGGAUGGAACGGGAAGGUCGUGUAGCUGUCUUUUAUGAAGAUACAUUGGGGAACUACCCGUACUUUGAAAACAUAGACACGCCAGUAAAUGGGGGACUACCACAGCACACACGCCUGGAAACUCACCUCCAGAAGACCCAGCAGGACUUAGAGGAAGCUUUACCUGCCCCAAGGUACCUUGGGCUGGGGGUAUUACGCUGGGCAGAGUGGGUCCCUCAGUGGUCGAGGGCCCGAGACAAGCAAGCAGUGUACGUGCAGGCAUCAAAGAAACUGCUUAAGGGUUUCUUUCCUAACUGGAGCCCAGCAGAAGUGGAGAAGUGGUCACAGGUGGACUUUGAGGCAGCAGCCCAGUCAUUAAUGACGGAGACUCUACGGGAGGUCAAAAGGUUAAGACCCAAAGCAUUAUGGGGCUUUUCCCCUUACCCUGGCUGUUACAACAGUGACCGAUCUCAUGCCAUGUUAGCCAAUUACACCGGCCAGUGCCCUCCCACAGAGAUGGCUCUUAAUGAUGAGCUUUCAUGGCUAUGGAAACGAAGCUCUGCCCUCUACCCUCUCCUUACCCUAAAGAAGCUGCAGAGUGGAACCCCUGGAGCCAGACUUUAUUUAUCCAGUCAAAUAAAGGAAGCACUACGAAUAUCUUCUGUGAGCGGGGCAGAGUUUGACCUUCCUGUAUUCCCUCUUGUUAAGAGUGUUUACGCCUCAACUAAUACUUUUUUAUCACAGGCUGAUCUGGUCAGCACCAUAGGAGAAAGUGCUGCCAUGGGAACAGCAGGAGUUGUUAUCUGGGAGAGAAGUGAGACUAAAACAGAGAGAGAGUGCCAGGAACUGGCAGAGUUUGUCCGGAAGGUCCUGGGACCCUACUCCAUCAACGUUACCACAGCAGCUCGACUCUGCUCAGCCUCCCUUUGCCAAGGAAGGGGUAGAUGCGUCCGUCAAAAUCCAGAAAGCUCCACCUAUCUCCAUCUCCCACAACCAUCCACAGUGGUGGAAAAGGCAGAGGUAUCGAAAGCCACAGAUCCGCCAGACACAGAUACUAAGACAGCUGAACCAGAUCCAGCUGAGAUCUGGAAGAAAGACUUCCAGUGCCAGUGGUAUAAGACUCAGGAUGAGGAUGUCUUAGACCAGCAGUCUCCCAAAGAUGGAGUGUCUCUUGGAGGAACAGUAGAAGCAAACACUGGAGGUGUAGCAGGGACUACAACAGCUGCCACAACAAAACGUGCCUCUGUGACGGACUUUAGAGGAAGUAGCACAGCUGGUACUGUAAGUCCAGCACCUUCACUGGAAGUAUCAACGGAUGAGGGUACCAAUCCAGUGAGUCCCCCAAACAUCACUGUUUUGCUGUUGCUGGUGGCUGGACGCCUAUGCCUGGAACCUUAAAUUUUGAACUAAAGAGCCUUCACCUGGAAGGUCUGCAUUAAAAAAAAACAAGUAUGAGCCCUUCUCAAGUGCCCUUGAGCAAAACAUUUAAGCCCUGCCAGGUGCAGGUGUACUGAUUAAUCGAGAGUGAUUUGAAUGGUAUAUCAUUAAAAAAAAAAAGGACAACCUAUGACCAGAGCUAGGAGUCAAAACCUAUCACUGGCCGUGCCAAGAGUUUCAGGUUACACUGGCUGGAUUUAAAGAGAAAGGAGAAAUCACUGACGAGCCAGAUCAUCCAACCACACCACAGACUGGUAACGUUUGUAAACCCGCUCUGAGGUUUGUGCAUAUUUCUGAUGGCAGUAAAUGAUAAGCAUUGGAGGCCAAGCAUAUUCUGGCUUUAAAUAAAUGUGUCAGGUUAAAGGGUGAGUUCAAAAAGAAAUGUUUUAUUUUAUCAUGAAAUAAAACAACAGAGGAUACAACACAAAAAUGUUGGUGACUGAUUUCAUCACUGCAAUGAAAGCUGCUGACACUGAGGACUGCACAUUAUUCCAAAGUAAGUGGGACAGCAGAAGCCAGGGCCAAAGAAACCAUUUACAGUUUACACUGCUGAAUAAUAAUGCAGGUAAGCGAAAUGUUGUGUUCUUUUGUUAUUUUGGAAAACUCAACUUUUAAUCUGCCUUAAAAAGCAGUUUAUUUAAAGUUUAGCAUCAAGAAUUUAAGUGCAAAUUUUGUACACAAUGAAUAUCUGUCAUCCUUGGGCUACAUUUAGCAUAUUAGCCCCCCAAAAAACCCAAAUACUUAAGCUUUACAUAUCAUAAAUGUUAAUAUCGCUGAGCUGCAGCACACAUUUUCUGAGCGCUCUGGCCUCCUCUGCCUGAGGUCUGGUGGAACUACAUCACUCAACACUGAAAUCAUCACUGUCGGAAAAGCUCAGUUGUAAAACAAUGAAAUGAGUGCUUCAGUUUUCAGGGUAACAGUAUUUCAAAUCUUGGCUCAAUGCUACAUUUUCAUGGUUUACAAAAUUAAAUAAACACAGUAACCCCAGACAACCUGUAAACAUGUGUAUGCAGUCCUGUGCAGUCAAUGCAGUCCAGUGAAACCUAAAUACACCUCAUGAUCCAGUAGCCUGUACAAACACCUUUAGAUAACCUUAAGUAAUCAUUUUCUGUAGGAAUUUAUCAGUCUUUCACAUUGUUGUGGGGGAAUUUUGGCCCACUCCUCUUUGCUAUGCUGCUUCAGUUCACUGAUGCUCAUUAUACACAACUCUAUUCAGGUCCUGCCACAUUUCAGUGAAGCUCAGGUCUGGACUUCGACUCUUUUCUUUUUCAGCCAUUCUUUUGCAGAUUUGUUGC